CGCGGAAAAUCUAUCGAACCCGUAUGUGGGCAUCAGCUGUUAAGUUAGUUUCUUGCAGACUAUGUAUCAAAGAAACACUCCUCAUAAGAUCCUACUCAGUCUCAGGUCUUGCCUGUUUGAACCCAACUUGGUCAAAUCUAGCUGUAGAGGAAGAAACCUCCUGUACCCACAACAGAGCUCACUCAAAUCACAGUAUCACUCAGUUAGAUACAGUCAAAGUUGUAGAAAAUUUGAAUAGCUUGAGGAAUGAACCCACUAGUGCAUUUUCAUUCUUUUGCCAAUUGGAAGAAAAUGGGUUUUGCCACAAUAUCUAUACGUAUGCUGCAAUUGUUAGAAUAUUGUGUUCCUGGGGAUUGCAGAAAAGGUUGGAUUCUUUGUUGUUGAAAAUAAUUGGAAAAGACAAUGAUUACCCAGGUUUUGAAAUUAUGGAUUUGUUUGACAUCCUUGUACAGGAAAAUGAAUCUUCCAACUUGUUCAGUAGAGUGUCUGAUGCACUUAUUAAGGCUUACGUGAGUGUUGGAAUGUUUGAUGAGGCUGUUGAUGUUCUGUUCCUCGCCAAACGGUGUGGACUUGCUCCAAGUAUCUUUUCCUGUAAUUUUCUUAUGAACAGGUUGGUCGAGUGCAGAAAGGUGGACAUGGCUGUGGCUGUUUAUGGGCAAUUAAGGAGGCUUGGUUUGAGCCCGAAUGAUUAUAGCUAUGUCAUUGUGAUUAAGGCACUCUGUAAAAAGGGUGAUUUUGAAGAAGCAGCUAAUGUGUUUCAGGAGAUAGAGGAAGAAGGGCUAACUCCAAGUGCUUUUGCUUAUUCUGCUUAUCUUGAAGGGCUAUGUGCACAUAGGCGGUCAGAUGUGGGUUCUGAACUACUCAAAGCAUGGGUGAGUUCAAAGGUUCCUAUAGAUGCGUUUGCUUUUACUGUUGUGAUCCGUGGGCUUUGCAAUGAGAUGAAACUGAAAGAAGCCGAGAAUGUCUUGCUUGACAUGGAAAAACAUGCGUUUAUUCCAGCUAUGUAUGAUUACAAGGCCUUGAUAUGUGGAUAUUCCAAGGAAGGCCAUUUACUUAAAGUGUUGGCUCUUCAUGAUAAGAUGUUAUCAAAAGGUAUCAAAACAAAUUGUGUUAUUGUCAGCUCAAUUCUUCAUGGCUUCUGUCAGAUGGGAAUGGCCUUUGAAGCUUUUAAUCAGUUUAAGGAAUUUAAGAAGAUGGGGAUUUUCCUUGAUGAGGCUUGCUACAAUGUAAUCCUGGAUGCUUUAUGCAAGAUGGGGAAAGUGGAAGAUGCUGUCGACUUGUUUGGUGAGAUGAAGGUUAAGCGGAUGGUUCCAGAUGUUACAAACUACACAACUUUAAUUAGUGGAUAUUGUCUUCAAGGUAAACUUGUUGAUGCGUUAAAUUUAUUUGAAGAAAUGAGGGGAAACGGCCAUAAGCCUGAUAUUAUUGCUUAUAAUGUUCUUGUGGGUGGAUUUUCCAGAAAUGGCCUCAUUGAAGAGACAUUCAACCUUUUGGAUUAUAUGGAGGCACAGGGUUUGAAACCCAACACUACUACACACAACAAGAUCAUUGAAGGUUUGUGUAUUGGAGGUAAGGUUAAGGAAGCUGAAGCUUUUUUGGAUAGUUUGGAAGAAAAAUGCUCGGAGAAUUAUGUUGCCAUGAUAAAUGGCUACUGUGAGGUCAACUACACAAAGGAGGCCUUUGAACUUUUUAUUAGGCUCUCUAAACAGGGAUUUAUAGGUAGCAAAACUUCCUGUUACAAAUUGCUCAGUAAUCUUUGUAGGGAAGGUAAGAAUGACAAAGCUCUCAUGUUGUUAGAGACAAUGCUGUCUUUGGAUGUCAACCCUAGCCAAAUUCUGUGCAGUAGAGUUAUAGGUACCUUCUGUCAGGCUGGAGAUAUGACAAAAGCCCAAUCAUUAUUUAAUAGCUUGGAUGACAGAGGAUUAACUCCUGAUCUGAUUACCUAUACAAUGAUGAUAAAUGGUUAUUGCAGGUUGAAUCGCCUGAAGGAAGCUUAUGUUCUCUUUAGUGAUAUGAAGAAGAGAGGGAUUAAACCUGAUGUUAUAACUUACACAGUUUUGUUCGGCAGUUGUUUUGCAAUAAACCUCAGUAGGUCUCAUUGUGUGCAGCAUGCUGUAAAAAGCGAGGAAAGACGAAUGAGGCUUUCUACAUUAUGGACUGAGAUGAAGGAUAUGGAUGUGCAACCAGAUGUUAUCUGUUACACCGUUCUGAUUGACAGGAAUUGUAAAACAAACAACAUUGAAGAUGCUAUAAACCUUUUAAGAGAGAUGAUUGAUAGAGGGCUGGAACCUGAUAACGUGGCAUACACAGCUCUUUUAUCUGGCUAUUUUAGAAAGGGAGAUAUAGAAGGGGCUGUACUUGUCGUCAAUGAAAUGGAGAUGAGUGGAAUACAGCCUGAUGAUCGUACCAAGUCUGUGCUAGAGCAUGGCAUAUUGAAGGCCAGGAAAGUGCAGUUUCGACAUUAAGCAUUAUGGUGAUUCUCUUUCAGAAAACCAACAAUUUACACCAAAUCAAUUGUCGCAGGCCCAACAAAGAGAAGUUCUUCAGCGUGCCAGGCUGAAGUCAUGUUUUCUCUGGCUUCGUUCGCAUAGAGUUGUCCGUGCUCUUCAAGUUCAGAUUUCAUAAACUAUUCCUGAAGAUGCUGCCUGCACGGUUCACGUCAAGACCACAACAUCUACCCUGGUAAAAGUAGCAGCUUCUGCAUCAAAGACGUAAUGUGGUCAUUGACAUUAUAUAAACAACACAUAUUAGUAAUACCGUAUUUGGUUGUGCAUAGCUUCACCCUGAUACUAAUUUCUCUCAUGGGAUAGCUUGCUGCCAAGUCCAGGCGAUAGCGGUAGAAGCUAGUAACCGGAAGCGAACUUUUGACAGGGAAAUAGCCAAAACUGUGAGUGCCCCUGCAAACUAAUGAUGACGACGACUGCAGUUUUUCUGACCAUGUAGCACAAACUCAGUAAUGGGAGAAUUCAAAGUCCAUCAGAGAUAAUGGUUACAUGUUGAUGUGAGUGACCGUGAAGUGCAAGGAAAGCUGAGUGGCAGGAUCUCCAAAGGGGGGUUACAGGGCUGGCCAACCUUUAUUUUCUAGGAAGGGUUCAAGUGAAAGCAUACUUGUCAGGACCUACCUAAAA